AUGUGCCCCUCGGCCUCGUGCAGCACCUUGAUCGGCACCCCGAUGGACAUGGCGGCCAAUGGAGGAGGAGGAAGGAGAGGCGUUCCCGGCCUGCCCCGCGCGCGCGCCGCUCUGCCCCGCCGCCUCUAUGGCGCGCCGCUCUCCGCGGGAGAGGAGCGGCGCUCCCGGCCUGCCCCGCGCGCGCGACGCCCCGCCCAGGCCGGGCCCGGCCCCGCCAGCGCCAUGAAAAGCCCGGCCGAGGAGGCCGCCGCGCCGCCGCCCUCAGGUGGGUGCUCCGGGCCUGGGGCGCCCUCUUACGCGGCCGGGGGAGGAGCGGCCGAGCUCCGGAGCCCCCUGCCCUUGGCUGCCCUUGCCGACGCGGCGGCCGAGGGCGUCGGGGACGCGGUGCAGCUGAAGGUGCCGGCGCUGCAGCAGCUCUACCACUGGGACUGCGGGCUGGCCUGCUCCAGGAUGGCGCUGCGGUACCUGAACCUGCUGAAUGAUGAGGACUUCCAGAGAGCAGUCCGGGACCUCCAGUUGACCAAAAGUAUCUGGACAAUUGACUUGGCGUACCUGAUGCGUCACUUUGGGGUGAAGCAUCUGUUCUGCACCCAGACGCUGGGCGUGGACAAGGGCUACAAAAACCAGUCUUUUUAUAGAAAACACUUUGACACAGAGGAGAACCGUGUAAACCAACUAUUUGCCCAAGCAAAAGCCUGCAAGGUGCUGGUGGAAAAACGCACGGUGACCAUCAGGGACAUCCAGGAGCACCUCUCACAGGGCCACAUCGCCAUUGUGCUGGUCAAUGCCGUCUUGCUGCUGUGCGACCUCUGCUCCAGCCCAGUCAAGUACUGCUGCUUCCUGCCCAUCGGCCAGAAGUGCUUCUGCCGCAGCCCCGACUACCAGGGUCACUUCAUCGUCUUGUGUGGCUACAACAGAGCUUUGGGGUGUAUUUAUUACAACAACCCUGCCUAUGCAGACCGAACAUGCAGCACCAGCAUCCAUAACUUCGAGGAAGCCAGGACCAGUUAUGGCACAGACGAGGAUAUCCUCUUCAUUUACCAAAACAGCUGACCUUCCGGCUGGGGCUCCCAACUCACCGCCAUUGCGGCAGCCAUCUCAGGACUCGGAGACCUCCGUUCCUAGACCGCGCCAUGUUGGAAGCAAAGGAGGCAUUAGACUCGAGGAGACGGAAGGGAGGAGAAUGUAUUUUAUGCCACCUUAAAGCAAAAUACUCAUUGCAGUCACAAUGAAUAACAGAACACGUUUUCCAGUUGGGGUCUAUCUGGGGACCCCAGGUGAUUUUGCUGGGGGGGAGGAUCCCAACUCUGGCCCCAGAUUAAAACUUGGCCAGUCCCCCCUCCCUAAAGAAGACUGAAUUCUGAAACAAAAUGAGUGUGCUCUCUUCUGAUGCCGCAACCAGAUUCGGUGUGGUCGCCCAGUCCUAAGCCUGCACCCAUCUUCCCUCCCUCUGAGCCUUUCUCAGUUCGGCUCUCUUGAUCUGCUCCGGCCAGGCUGUUACCUGCUUCUUGGCCAGGCUGCUGCUGCCACCCUAGGAAAAAGCAAAUCCGUACAUUUUUGCACAUUUGAAGUUUUGAGAUGCGGAACGUCCUUUCCCAGGAAUGAAACUCAAAGGCAAUCCAGCUUCCUGAAUCCCGUAAGAGCAGCUCCUUCCUAACUAUCAUUCACCCAGUUUUUUAAUCUGCUGAUAAAAAUCAAGCCAAUAAAUUAAGUAAUAGAGGGAAGAGGCAGAAAGGAAAGGAAGGAAUCAGUGUUUUAGAAAGCAGAGUUGAAAGGGGUGGUUCCCAGAACCAACAUCCCCCUCCCUCCAGAAGCCUUAUCUCCCCCUUACAGGGACUUUUCAGGUGAGAUGGAAGUUUGGCAACGUUGGCAGAAGAUGGAAUUCCUUUUUGGAAAAGGUUUUCUCAGAGGACUUAAAUCCUUUCUUUAUGACUACAGGUUUUGGAUUGUGUGAAUCAGCACAAUCGAUCAUUUUGAAUAACGUCCAUUUAAUUGAUAUUCGGUGAUUAGAUUACUUGUGAAAGGCUGCUAGUCCAGAUUGUGCUUAAUUUCGUCUUUAAAAAGACCACAGCUACGUCGUGUUAGUUCAGCGGUCCCAGUUCGUCAGCAUUUUCCUCCUGGAGCUCAUCCGAGGCUCACCUUCACCCAGAAGCCAAUCUUGCUAGAUGCAGUCAGCUCGUCCUCCCAACUCAGCCAAGAUAAGACUGCCGUCUGAGCACCAUCAAUCCUAAGGGGCUGCACUUUUAGCCGUCCUUAACUCCUGCCACUUAAGCAAAGCUGUGGGCCUGCUUCCCACCCUUUGCCCCAAAUUAGCUGCCCAGGUAAUGGCCACUCUGGAUCUCAAGCUUGCUCUGCCAGUUUUAAAGUGGCCACAGCAAGUCCAAAUGUGAUCUGUUUUGGCCUCGAGAAGUGCCAAAAGCAUUCAGGAGAAGGGCAGGCGCCUCCUGCUGUCGGGCAGGGAACUGGCCUUGGGCUGGAAAUCCGCCAGGGAAUCCCAGCUCCUUGGUGAUGCCUGCUGGGCGGGGGAGAGCUACGCCCCUCUGGGAGGCCCAGGUUUCUACCUCAACGCACCAUAUUUGCCCUCAGAUGAGGGCGACGGGUGGCUUCCCUGAUGGCUUGAAAUAACUGUGCUGUAUGCUCUGCGGUCAAAUUCUUGUAAGUGGCUAUUAAUGGCAGAGAAUUCUGGGUAGCCUCUUUGAAGUUAUCCAAGCGAAGCUUCUAGCACAAAGAAAGGGAGUUGGGUGAGACGACGAUGGAAGUGGGUAAGACAAGUGACGGGGCCUCUGCGGCUCCCAUCCAGAUCGUGUCCCUUUGGACUUUCUGCAGUUCUUCCACAGGGAGGAGUCCAGCUUUCAAAACCUUUAGUAUUGUUGAGGCUUCAGUGCUAUUUCCGUCUUGCCUGCUUGUAGCAUUGAUUUUGUUCAUAAAUAGUAAAGACUUAACAUGCUGCUUAAUCUUCUAGUCUCCAGUUUAAGGGUGCUGCUUUUCAGGGGCUCCCUCUGGACCGAGCCGAGCUGAAGCACAGCAGCUGCUUCCAUUAAAAAAACUCCUUAGCAAGGGUGAGGAUGCAGCUCCACUGGCCAGAAGGAUUGCUUGGUUACAAGACGCCACUUUCACAAAGAGAACAUUCACACGGCUGAGGUUGGCCGCCUGUCUUGGCAUCCUCCAGUUACGGGAUGAUGCGCCAUCUGCCUUCGAGGCCAGUGGGGGAGGCUCUCCAAUCUUGGUGCAGAACCUGCAAAGGGAAAAGGAGAGGCUCCGAGUUCUGCCUUGCCGUCCGAGAGGGCAGAGCUGCUCCUGGCUGAGCUGCUGGUGCAAGAGAAGGGGCAGGGGGCUGUCUUGGGAGGGGGACGGAGGCAUUGGGGAAGUUGAAAGAAGGCCUGCCUGGGCCCUGCACGCUUUCUCUUUAUUUGGGUGCUCUGAACAAGUAAAUGUUUAUGCAAACUUCACAAUCACAUGACAGUAAAAGGGAAGAAAAUCUGCAAAAUAAGUUUUAUACACAAAAGUAUAUUUGUUUGUAAACCAUUCAAUAAAGCCUGCUUUCUUGAG